AAGGCAAGUGAAGUGAAGAUAAGCAGGCACAAGAAGCGCAUAACCUGUAUUUAUUUAUUUACCUGUGCUUGCAUGUGCUGUGAUUGUCAUUAGGCUUAAUCUGCAGGGCCUUGACAUAUCUUCAACUGCCCGUUAAUAUCUUGUGUGCUGCUCGCGGUGCUCUUGUCCUUGUCUGCGUCGACCAGAAAUCAAAUCAUAAGAACCACUCCUCUGUCUGGAUCCUGCAGCAUUCAAGACACUAUUUUGGUCAUUUGGUUGUGCGUGUGUAGGGGCAAAAUUCUUGUGGUUUGUUUUUAGUUGUGACAUGGGGAAACCUGCUCCUCGUAAAAAAACGCAUUUUAGGAAUAAGAAGCGGCUGACGCUCCGCAAGAACGCUCGUAGAGCAGAGAGUCUGAAGAGACUACAACAAAACCAAGUGGCACAACCAGAGCAAAAUGCAGUAGAAGAGAUUGUUGUUAAAAUUGAGGUUGCGUCAAGUGAUGAAGGCGAGGAACAGAUAAAGCAGGAAGACGAUGAAUCAACUGCAGUUUCAUCUGAGACCACCCCACCACUAACACCCGAACAAGUUCCUUUAUGUUUCCAUGAUUAUGCUCUGCCUUUUCCAGUAGAUAAAGUGUCUGAUGAAACUAGUGAUGGUGUGGAGCCGCCACCGUCCAUGCCAGUCUGUGGAACAGAGGAAAUAUCAGCUCUUCUCCUUGAAGUAAAAAAGAAAAUAGACAGUUUGUUACCUCGCUUUUGGACAUCAUUCCCUGAAGAUGAUGGACUAAGCUGUAUUCUCAUGUCUCGAGUGAGACCAAGAGCUGCACAGAGAAAUGUGUUUUUCCAUUAUUCUGGAUCUGUAGAGAUUAGUGUGCAUUGUCAGAUUAUAAGUGCUGACAAUUAUGUAAAAAAUCUGCCAACAGUGUCUUUACAGCCACACUGUAUUGACGAGUUUGUUGACAGAGCAUUGAAGAUCAUUGGUAGAGUUAGAUUAAUGGAGAUUUGUGCGGGUGGUGACCGUCUGCAAGAGUUUACAAGUGUCUGGGGAUAUACCAGUGGUGGCUUCAUCGACCGGAAUCCAUACAAUGAAGCCCGCUUUGUGCAAACAUUUCGUUCUAAUACAUGUACUGUGCUGAUAAACAGUAAAGCAUGGCGCUGUGAGAAGUGCCAUCGAAUUAACCAAAUCGUUAAGAAGCAAUUUCUUCAAUCUCAAAAAGAGAACCUGCAUGUUAACACACCAGACAUUUUUCUCAAUGAACAACAAAAGCUGAAGAAACUAAAGACUUUGCGCCAAGACUUAGAUGCUGCUCACAAGAGAAUUAGAGCACUUCUUAACCCUGAACAUAAGCCUUAGUUCCUUGAUUCUUCUGGGAACUUUCUCUUGACUUGUCACCCUUUUGAGUGGUAAUGCGUAAAUUUUGGUUGUCAGUCACCCUAAGUACGAUUGAUUUCAAGUACAAAAUAUGUUUUGAUUUUUAGCCUUGCCGUGGGCAAAAAGGUCUAUUUGUGUGUAUGAAUUUUAACUUUUUAUUCUCAUGUGGAUGUUAUGCUUUUAUUUGUCUUACUUUUAGUUUGAUUUUGGAGGAUACUGGUGUGCUUCUUAACAACCCAAGUAAUAGAGAUUCGUCACGAAUGCGUCAAAAUGACAUGAAUUUGACCCAGUUUACACACUAGUCAUUUUGACGUGAUUCAUUUUACAAUAGAAUGAGGUCAUAUUGAUGUCAAAGUGAUGUCAUUUACGUUUCUCUGACGUCACAAUGACAUCAACUUCUUGUACACUAAAACACGUCACAGUGACUAGUUCCUUAGUGACGAAUCUCUGUUACUUGGGAAGCUGUGCUCUUUACACUAUGAUUGCUAUGAGCAGGUAAUUGUAGCCAUUAGAUCUGUGAUGAAAACUGGACAUUAUCCAUAUAUUUUUUAUCUUGAAGUAAUAAAUUUACCUCAUACAUUUUA